CGCAGCCGCAGCUCCCCCUCAAUUUUCCCAGUAGUUUCCUUUCCGGUCGUGUCGUGCGUCAUUACCGUUGCGCCUUCUCAUUGGCCGAAUGACAGGUGACGGCGCCUGCGCACUGAAUUCUUUUGAGGGUCGUGGGCAGGCGCCAUUUUGGCCCUAGAGGUGCCUCUGGGAAGUAGUGCGCUGACCCACACACCUUGCCAGCCUGCUGGGUACGGCCUCUUCUGCCCGGGCUUUCUAGGUCGAAGUGUUCGCGUCUGCAGCUGUUGCUGCCUUACUCUCCGCAGCCUCCAAGGCCUCUAGUUGGGCGGGAGCCUCUGAGCACCGGAUCGCGCCAUCGGUGGUCACAGCGCCGGGAAGGAGGUGACGGGGGCGGCGCGGGGCGCAGACACUCCCCGCCGAGAGCCGCCUGCCAUGGACUCGGAAUAUUACAGCGGCGACCAGUCAGCAGAUGAUGGUGGCGCUACCCCAGUACAGGAUGAACGGGAUUCAGGGUCAGACGUUGAGGAUGAUGUAAAUGAGCAGCACUCUGGAUCAGACACUGGAAGUGUAGAACGUCAUUCAGAGAAUGAACCUAGUGAUCGAGAAGAUGGCCUCAAUAAAAGACAUCAUGUGACAGACUCUGAGAAUGAUGACCCCUCAAAUCUUAAUGCCAGUGACUCUGAAAGUGAGGAGCUUCAAAGGCAAAAGGACAGUGACUCUGAAUUUGAAGGGCAUGCAGAGCCUCCUGCGAGUGAUUCUGAAAACGAGGACGUCAAUCACCAUGGGAGUGACUCUGAGAAUGAGGAGACCAGGAAGUUACCUGUGAGUGACUCUGAAAAUGAGGAGCUGCUGAAUGGGCAUGCAAGUGACUCAGAAAAUGAAGAUGUUAGGAAGCCUCCUGCCAGUGAUUCAGAGGUUGAAGAGCUCCCCAAAAGUCCUGCCAGUUACUCGGAAACAGAGGAUGCUCUGAAACCUCAAGUCAGUGACUCUGAGAGUGAGGAACCCCCAAGACGCCCAGCCAGUGACUCGGAAAACGAGGAGCUUCCCAAGCCUCGGAUCAGUGACUCAGAAAGCGAGGACCCGCCAAGGCAGCAAGCCAGUGACUCGGAAAACGAGGAGCUUCCCAAACCCCGUAUCAGUGACUCGGAAAGCGAGGACCCCCCAAGGCAGCAAGCCAGUGACUCGGAAAACGAGGAGCUUCCCAAACCCCAAGCCAGUGACUCUGAGAGCGAGGAGCCUCGGAAGGGACCUGCCAGCGAUUCAGAAGCUGAGGCCGCCUCCAGGCACAAACAGAAGCCGGAGUCUGAUGAGGACAGCGAUGGGGAGAGUAAGAGAGAGGACCCAGAAACGCAGGCCGGUCCCUUUCACGCCGAUGCCAACGUAGACAGGAAGCGGUUCAGCAGUUCUGACAGCGAGGAGGAGGAGCCCAAAAGGCCCCAAAUCGACAGUGAUGAGGAUGAAGAAAAAGAGGGGGCGGAGGAGAAGGUAGCCAAGCGGAAAGCCGCUGUGCUUUCUGAUAGUGAUGAUGAAGAGAAAGCAUCAUCAAAGAAGAGUCGUGUUGUCUCUGACGUAGAUGACUCUGACAGUGAUGUUAUAUCAGACAAAUCAGGCAAAAGAGAGAAGACGAUAGCAUCUGACAGUGAAGAAGAAGCAGGGAAAGAAUUGUCUGAUAAGAAAAAUGAAGAGAAGGACCUGUUUGGGAGUGAUAGUGAGUCAGGGAAUGAAGAAGAAAAUCUUAUUGCAGACAUAUUUGGAGAAUCUGGUGAUGAGGAGGAGGAAGAAUUUACAGGUUUUAACCAAGAAGAUUUGGAAGAAGAAAAAAGUGAAACACAGGUAAAAGAAGCAGAAGAUUCAGAUUCUGAUGAUAACAUAAAGAGAGGAAAACACAUGGACUUUCUGUCGGACUUUGAGAUGAUGUUGCAGCGGAAAAAGAGCAUGAGUGGCAAGCGCAGGCGUAACCGUGAUGGUGGUACUUUUAUUAGUGAUGCCGACGACGUUGUGAGUGCCAUGAUUGUCAAGAUGAAUGAAGCUGCUGAGGAAGACAGACAGUUGAAUAAUCAAAAAAAGCCAGCACUGAAAAAAUUAACAUUAUUACCUACUGUGGUCAUGCACCUUAAGAAGCAGGACCUUAAAGAAACAUUUAUUGACAGUGGUGUGAUGUCUGCCAUCAAAGAAUGGCUCUCCCCUCUACCAGAUAGGAGUUUGCCGGCACUAAAGAUUCGAGAAGAGCUGUUGAAGAUCCUGCAAGAGCUACCUAGUGUGAGCCAGGAGACCCUGAAGCAUAGUGGGAUUGGACGAGCAGUGAUGUAUCUCUAUAAACACCCCAAGGAAUCAAGGUCCAACAAGGACAUGGCAGGGAAAUUAAUCAAUGAAUGGUCUCGGCCUAUAUUUGGUCUUACCUCAAACUACAAAGGAAUGACAAGAGAAGAAAGGGAGCAGAGAGACCUAGAACAGAUGCCUCAACGGCGAAGAAUGAACAGCACUGGUGGUCAGACACCCCGAAGAGAUUUGGAAAAGGUGCUGACAGGAGAGGAAAAGGCUCUUAGACCUGGAGAUCCUGGAUUCUGUGCCCGGGCAAGGGUCCCCAUGCCCUCGAACAAGGACUAUGUUGUCAGGCCCAAGUGGAAUGUGGAAAUGGAGUCGUCCAGGUUUCAGGGGACCUCCAAGAAGGGUAUCAGUCGACUGGAUAAACAGAUGAGAAAGUUCACAGACAUCAGGAAAAAAAGCAGAUCUGCACACGCAGUAAAAAUCAGCAUCGAGGGCAAUAAAAUGCCCUUGUGACUGCCUGGGAGGUUCCAUAUCUCUGCUUUUAAGAAAUGCGCAAUGGACUCUUUGGAGAAAGAUGAUAUUUUAAAAACUUUUUUAGUGUACCUGUAAAUGAUUCAGCUUGUAUCAAAUGUUGUCAUAGGACUUGCAUUUCUCUCAGUUAUAUUUAAAACCAUUUGUGUGCACUUUGUACAGAAGAAUACUAGUCGUACUUCUAUCAACUUUACACAAUAAAAUUCCAUUCUGGUUUUGGGGGGCUGUCUCUUCAUUGUCUUCGAGGAUGCAUUCUCCAUGGGGGUGAAAUGGGUUCUUGGUGAGUGCAGAAAAAUGUUAGAUAUUACAGUGGUUUGUGGCCCUUCAGAGUGCAGCCUGCCGAGCCGUGGUGUGGUUUGUCUGGUCGUUACCCUUGGUUCCCGACCAUGAGCUCCUCCAACCCUUGGCAUUCCUGGGUGCUAGGGGCGUCUUUGUGAUGCGAAUGAGGUGGGUCAUGGUAGACCCCUGGAGAGCUUUAGGGUAGGGGCGGGUCGCCAGAAAGGGCGUUCCACAUAAUUAGAGGGUCGGGACUUUGGGCAGGCCUCAUGGGCUGGGGGCUGGGGGGUGCUGGAGAUUGACGUAGUCAUGUUGCCCAGUGAUGUAAUCAGUGAUGUCCAAAAGUGAAGCCCAGUUAAAGACUCCGGACACUGAGGCUCUGAUUGGUGAACACACUAACGUGCUGAAAUGGCGAUUGGGCCUUGAUUCCACAAAGAAAGGGUGCAGAAGCUCUGUGUUUCCUCCCGGACCUCACCUCGCCCUGUGUGUGUCUUCAUUUGGCUGGUACUCCUCAUUUGAAUCCUUUGCAAUAAAACUAAUU